CAGGCUUCGUCCUCCUCCCGGAGUCCCAGCCCCUGCUUUCCCCCCGCCCGGGGGUUGUGGCCGGGGAGUUGGAUCCACUGCGAUCUCGGGGACCCGGGACCACGCUGUUCCUGCACCUCGGCGUGGGGAGGAGGCCGGGCCUGCCCGCGAGGCCGCGCAGCGCCCGCCCGCAGCGCGCGAGAAAUGCCUAAGAAAAAGACUGGAGCGAGGAAAAAGGCUGAAAACCGUCGAGAACGAGAAAAACAGCUAAGAGCCUCCAGAAGCACUGUGGAUUUGGCCAAACACCCAUGCAAUGCUUCCAUGGAAUGUGACAAGUGUCAGAGGCGACAGAAGAACAGAGCAUUUUGCUACUUUUGUAAUUCUGUCCAGAAACUACCAAUUUGUGCACAGUGUGGCAAAACAAAAUGCAUGAUGAAGUCCUCUGACUGCGUCAUAAAGCAUGCUGGUAUAUACAGCACUGGCCUUGCCAUGGUGGGUGCAAUAUGUGACUUCUGUGAAGCCUGGGUUUGCCAUGGCAGGAAAUGUCUUAGUACUCAUGCCUGUGCCUGCCCGCUGACUGAUGCGGAAUGCGUCGAGUGUGAGCGAGGUGUGUGGGACCACGGAGGUAGAAUAUUCAGCUGUUCUUUUUGUCGUAACUUUCUCUGUGAAGAUGAUCAAUUUGAGCACCAGGCCAGCUGCCAAGUUUUAGAGGCAGAAACAUUUAAAUGUGUUUCAUGCAAUCGGCUUGGUCAGCAUUCAUGUCUCCGUUGUAAGGCUUGUUUCUGUGAUGAACAUACAAGGAGCAAGGUGUUUAAACAAGAAAAAGGGAAACGACCUCCUUGUCCUAAAUGUGGACAUGAAACUCAGGAGACCAAGGAUCUUAGCAUGUCAACACGCUCUCUGAAAUUUGGCAGGCAGACGGGAGGUGAGGAAGGAGAUGGAGCUUCUGGGUAUGAUGCUUAUUGGAAGAACCUCUCCUCUGAUAACUACGGUGCUCCUGGCUUUCACGAUGAGGAGGAGGAGGAAGAAGAGGAUGAAGCAGAGGAUGACGAAGAGGAGGAAGAUGAAGGCGGGAAGGAUUCAGAUGUCGAAUCAUCAGAUCUGUUUUCUAAUUUGAAUUUAGGAAGGACCUAUGCCAGUGGCUACGCUCACUACGAGGAGCAGGAGAACUAGGAGAGUAGCUCGUCACUGGCAGUUGUGUAUGUGAGAAAGGAGCAGGGAUGUAGGCUGAUGAAUCAUGUGUGGAUGUUUAAAAUACCACCACUAGGCUUUGGGCAUGAGUGGAAACACACUAGGCCCAGGAGUGGGUGUAGCAUUUUUAUAGUGACUGAGAAUCACACCUUUAAUGUAAGAAAAUGAAUUUCAAAUGUAAGUGAUUUGUUGUUCCAGGCAAAUGAAGUAUCAUGGAUUGGAUUAUUGCUGAUUUCAAUAGGCUAAUAGGUUCCACCAAGUACUUGCAUAGACACCGGAAUAAAGAAUAGAAAGGUAAUAUA